GGACAAUUGAGGUGUGGUCGGUGCUUGAAUGGAUCAGUAGAUGAACGUUUUUACUUAGUUGAAACCGGUCAGUUACAUACGAUAUAAGAUUUUGAUGUUACAGAAAUGGCUGCUAUAAGAAAGAAGCUGGUCAUUGUAGGAGAUGGUGCAUGUGGUAAAACUUGUCUCCUGAUUGUGUUCAGCAAGGACCAGUUCCCUGAAGUCUAUGUGCCAACAGUAUUUGAAAAUUAUGUAGCAGAUAUAGAAGUAGAUGGAAAACAGGUUGAGUUGGCUUUGUGGGAUACUGCAGGUCAAGAAGAUUAUGACCGACUUAGACCACUAUCUUACCCUGAUACAGAUGUUAUCCUAAUGUGCUUCGCCAUUGACAAUCCAGACAGUUUAGAAAACAUCCCUGAAAAAUGGACGCCAGAGGUGAAACAUUUCUGUCCAAAUGUUCCAAUUAUUCUUGUGGGAAACAAAAAAGACACUAGAAAUGAUGAAAAUACAAAGAGAGAACUACGUAAAAUGAAGCAAGAGCCUGUUAAAACAUCAGAAGGGCAGUCAAUGGCAGAGAACAUCCAUGCCAAGGCCUACAUGGAAUGUUCAGCGAAGACAACAGAGGGGGUACGAGAAGUGUUCGAGGCUGCCACUGCCGCUGCUUUGUCUACUAAGAAAAGGAGAAGACGACGUUUUUGCGUUGAACUUGCCCUUUGGGAUACUGCCGGCCAGGAAGAUUAUGACAGGUUACGUCCCCUAUCCUACCCAGACACUGACGUCAUUCUCAUGUGCUUUUCCAUAGACAGCCCCGACAGUUUGGAGAACAUCCCUGAAAAAUGGACUCCGGAAGUGAAGCACUUUUGUCCAAGUGUUCCAAUAAUUCUUGUAGGAAAUAAAAAAGAUCUUAGAAAUGACGACCAGACCAAACGAGAGCUAAUGAAGAUGAAACAAGAACCAGUCAAAGUUGAUGAAGGAAGAUCCACAGCAGAAAAAAUCAAUGCUUUUGGAUACCUAGAAUGCUCAGCUAAAACCAAGGAAGGCGUUAGAGAAGUAUUUGAGACAGCCACCAGAGCAGCCCUACAAAAGAAGAGGAAGAAGAGGGGAUUCAAACUUGUAUCUUUUUCUAUGUACUAUCUUCAGGUUGAACUUGCCCUUUGGGAUACUGCUGGCCAGGAAGACUACGAUAGGUUACGUCCCCUGUCCUACCCAGACACUGACGUCAUUCUCAUGUGCUUUUCCAUAGACAGCCCCGACAGUUUGGAGAACAUCCCUGAAAAAUGGACUCCGGAAGUGAAGCACUUUUGUCCAAGUGUUCCAAUAAUUCUUGUAGGAAAUAAAAAAGAUCUUAGAAAUGACGACCAGACCAAACGAGAGCUAAUGAAGAUGAAACAAGAGCCUGUCCGACCAGAGGAGGGAAGAGCCACCUCAGAAAAAAUCAAUGCUUUUGGAUACUUGGAAUGCUCAGCUAAAACCAAGGAGGGAGUGAGAGGAGUAUUUGAGACAGCCACCAGAGCAGCUCUUCAAACAAAGAAAAAGAAGCGUGGUGGCUGUGUGUUGCUAUAACAACUCUGUAUGACUGUAAUGUUAGGCUUUGUAGUGAAUAUUGUACUGAAUGGUUACAGACAUUCAAAAAGCUUCAUCUCAACUGUGUGCUGGGCAUAACAGUAUCACUCUGUACUUCUCAAUCAAGAUCCUAUAUAUGUAUUCUGGUUAGGCUGAAUUCUGUGUUUAUCAUAUUGCUCGACUACAGUAUGUGUGUGGUUCAUAGGUAAUUUCUUGUGGUGUACUGAUAAAUUUAUCAAUAUCUUUUUUUUCCAUUCUGACUAAGGAAAUUUUGCUUUGCAAGAAAAAUCAAAAUCUGAUUUUGUUUUUCAAAAAUGAAACAAUGAUUGAGUGCUGAAUUGAAAAAAAAAGUCCAUUAUGUAAUUCUAAGUUCUCAGUAUUAAGAAAUCUUCAAGUCUAUUUUACAUCUUAACCUUGUUAAUUUACACAUGUAAUAUGACACCUACUGAUAAUGACAGGCAUUCUUUUUGUUCACUAGUGACAACACCAGUUUACACGUGAUAAAAGCUAGGUGCUCACAAGAUUCACUAGUGUUCAUUAAACUGAAUGACCUGGACAAAAUCGAGGGUUCUGUUGUCAAAUACAAAAGCAUAGUCAAAAGUCCAGUUUUCUGUCAUCACAAACUGACCAGUGGAGGUAAAUGUUCUGUUGUCAAAAACUGAUGAAUAAACAUGAAAGUCCAAUGUUAUGUUGUCAAACUGACCAGUGUAGACAAAAGUCAGGCAUUCUGUCAUCACAGACUGACCAGUGUAGACAAAAUUUAGGUGUUCUGUUGUCAAAAACUGAUGAAUAAACAUGAAAGUCCAAUGUUAUUUUGUCAAACUGACCAGUGUAGACAAAAGUCAGGCAUUCUGUCAUCACAGACUGACCAGUGUAGACAAAAUUUAGGUGUUCUGUUGUCAAAAACUGAUGAAUAAACAUGAAAGUCCAAUGACAUGUUGUCAAACUGACCAGUGUAGACAAAAGUCAGGCAUUCUGUCAUCACAGACUGACCAGUGUAGACAAAAUUUAGGUGUUCUGUUGUCAAACUGACCAUUGUAGGCAAAACUGACCAGUGAAGGCAAACUUUAGGUGUUCUGUGGUCUUAUUGACCAUUGUUUGCCAAAAAAAGAUAAAUGACCCGAUGCUCUAUCAAACUGACCACUUUAAGGUAAAUGGUCAGUUGUUAUGUUGUCAAACUGCUGUAGUUAGUAUGUGUUCUGUUUGUAAACUAUUCCACUAUGGUUGUAUCAUGCUGAUGGUCAUUGUUUUCAUAAACAAAUCCCUGUUUUUUCUUGUUUUCAUUCCAGAUAAGAUGUUUUGGACAUGAUGAUUAUUUUUAACAGUUUUACUAGCAAAAUUCAAAAUCUGAGAUGUAAACACUUGUAGCACGUCUUUUAUUUGAGGAAAAAAGUAAAGUAAAAAGAAGGUAUCUUUUUCCUAAACUAGUUAUCUAACAAGAAAUUUAUGCAAAAUUACAUGAAGGAAUGUACAAAAAAACGACAUUCAAAGAUUUCAAACCAUUCAUUAAAAACAUAACAUGGUUGUAAAUUUUGUCUAAUUCAACAAAGGAACCACAAUAUUUACCUUGUAAAUAACACAGGAGCAAAAUCAGUUCCUUUGUAUUUAGAUUGCAUGGUUGAUUGUAAAAAGAUAUAUAUAAUUGUAAAUUAUGUACAAAUAUGCAUCAUAUUUUAUUUAGUAUAGGUAAAAUUAGUGUCAAGUGAAAUGAUUAAUAUCCUGUAAGAUUCUGAAUCAUUUCCCAAAAGCAAAUCUUAGAUGGAGCUUGAAUUUAAUGAAAAUGUUAUAACAGUUUUGAAACAUUUAACAAAUGCAGAAGCCCCUGUGCACAAGUAGUUUGUUUAAUGAACCAGUUCCUGUGUACAAGCCCCUGUGUAUUUCCAAUUUUUUACAUUCAGAAAUCAAGGAAAAAAACUGAAGCUGUCUUUUAGUAGAGUUGAUAAUUUUCACCUGAUUUUUUCAUAUCUUCCUAUCAGAAAUACAAUUAAUAAAAGUGAAAUUUUACUAACUGUGGUUUAGGAUGUACCAGAUCAAUAGAAAUAAUCAGUUUAAUUUCAUUUCCAUAUGUAACAAGUUAUAUACCAAUUUAAAAGAUGAUUGUUAUGAAACUAUGUACAAAUAGAACAGAAUAGAUUUGUAAUGUAUAUAGAUAUAUAUAACAGAUAUACUCAUAGAAUAUUUAAAAUCUGAUUUCUUACUUCACUAAAAAUUACAUAUACCUCAUUACAUUCUGAUGAGACCCAUGGGAAAAUUUUUGACGGCAAUCAUGUUUUGGACAGUAAAUUUUGAGACUUUUUACAAAAAUAUGCUUUCAGAACACACAUGAGAGCUUGCAACUUGAGUCACAAGUGAAAUGAGAGAUCUGAUUUUAUUUUGAUGGAGAAUUUAUAUUUACCAUAUUACUAUUUUGCUUCAGAUAUAAGUCACAUGUAAGCACAUUUUAUUUAUCAAUAUUUGCAAUUUUACAUUUUUUUUUUUCUUUUUUGUUUAUUUUGUUGUAUCCAUCUUUCUUGUCUGCAUGUUGUCUAUCUCGUAUAUUUGAUUAAGGGUAUACUUUUGUAAUUUAAAACUAAUCUUUUUCCAUUUGAGUGAUGAUUACUUCUUGAAUAUUUAAUUUGUUUAAUUAGUGAAUUAAGACUACAAGGUAUAGCUACUAAUUGUCAUCAUUGGUUCUUCAAUUUUAGGUAAUUUCAGUAAAGGCAGGAAUAAGUUUCAGAUCAUUUAAUCACAUGAUUAUGUUAAUGCAUUACUAGAUGUUACACUAUAACGACUUUCAUUGAAAAUUUUUGCAGCCCAACUUGGGUAAUAAAAUCCUUAAUAAUAUCUUA